GGAGCGACCGAGAGUGCAAUCGUCGACGACAUCAGUGGCACGCGUUGGCGUCGGCCGUCCGUAGUGGAUGCGGUCCCCGUCUCCAUUGCCGGGAGGUUGCGUUGGGGGGCAAUGUGCGUCUGAGUGCGGGCCGACAGAUGAGGACUUCGCAUGCGGGGGUGCCGAAGCAGAUGGGAGGCGCGUGUGGAAGGAACAAAAGCAGGAGAUGCAUCGACGGCAAGAGGAGUCGAUAACCGAGGGGGUGCAGCGAUUGCGUGUGGGGGAGCGGGACGUGGAGGCAGACAGGGCAGUCGGGGAGGCGACGACUACAACGACGGCGACGAAGGCGAGUACGAAGCAUAGGACGAUGAGUCGGGGGAUGUGUUUCCGUUGCAGAAGGCGAGCAUGGGUGGUCGGGCCGGUAAGAGCAGGGCUUCCUCGUCGACAGCCAGGCGUGGAAAGAAGGCGGUGGGUGGUGGUGGCGAGGCCGAAGGCGACGGGGAGGGGGAGGGUGGCCGAAACUUCUGGUCGGUGGAGCACAUGGUCACCCUCAUCAGGGUUCACUCGGAUGAAGGGGAGGGAAUGGAAGUGGGCGGACGUUCACGAGAGGUUGUUGAAGGUCGGCGUGGACAGGCCGGCAGACAAAUACGGGAAGAAGUGGGAUAAUUUGAUGCAGCAGUUCAAGAAGGUGCAUUGCUUCCAGGGCGAGUCUGGGAAGGAGGACUUCUUCCAACUGCCCGCGAAGGAGAGGCUGGCGAGGGGGUUCAAUUUCAACAUGGAUCGGGCCGUCUAUGAAGAGAUCAGGGGAUCGACCUCAAGGAGUCAUACAAUACACCCGCAGAAUGUCGCAGACACCGGCCGAGCAGGAGGUGUGCAACUUCCACCCGGGUCUUCUGGCGCUCCUGAAUCUGUCGGCGAUGGGGAUGCGGGUGGCGAUGGCAAAGACGAAGAUGAUAGCUCGACGAGGGGUUGUUCUCAGACCACGGGAAGCCCUGGCGGUGUCCGGGAAAGGAAGAACAUGAGGCAGCAGACUCUCGAAGCCCUCACCGAGUGUAUGGAGAAGCACGGGACGCUGAUGGCGUCGACCAUGAAGAGCGCUAGCAAGAGGCAGUGCUCCAUCCAAAUUCGGCAGUGCGAAGCUAUGGAAGCGGAGCUGGAGGUGCAGAAGAAACACUACGCGGCAUCGGAUGAAGUGAGCAAGAUGAUGUGUCACGCGCUGAUGGAGAUAGCGAAGGCCAUACGAGAUCGGUAGACGCCGUGGUCAGGAAGAGACUGCCCAGGCGAAGGCGUCGACGUUUGUCCUGUUUUCCAGGCGGCAUGCCAGGAAUGUUGAGUGCCCCCUCCGUAGUUCGUCGUCUAUGCUAGCUUUGUGCCCGGUUACGGUGUGAGGAAACCCGGGGAGGGGCGCCCACUUGUCGCUGAAGCCAAGGGCAACAGCGCCUGUCACUCGCCGUGCCCGCUUCCGAGGUCCUCAGCGACCAGCAGGAAAGCCUUUUGUGUGUUGUCUGUCACCCGUCUUGUUUUAAUCAAAUUACAUUGUUUAG